GGCGGUGAAUUGGGACAAUUUUCGCACACGGCGCUCGUCUUGCCAUUUACUUUAGAGAUUAUGAAGGAAAAAUUUCAAUGCUCACGAGAGAAUUGGAGUUUUUCUGCUCGUGCUUGUCUUUCUGCAAAAAUAAAGAUUGGCCUGACGCCAAGGUCAGAGAGGAGUUUGAAAUGUUUGAAAAUGUACACAAAUAUAGGCGAGAAAAUGUAAACACAUCUGCAAAAGUCGAUUUGAGGCAUCUUCGCCAGUGUGCAAUCCCACUGAGUUCCUCCAUUGAGAGAGCAUAAAUAUUUCAUCAGACACACUAUUGCACUCCACAGAUUAUAUCGCCCAGUCAUUUCAUACUAUGCAGCAUUAUGAGGAUGUAAACAGAAAGUGAAUUAACUUCCACACAGGCGUAUAGUGAAAAUAAUUGCAGUAGAACAGAAUUUUGCGGCAUUUCGACUCACACGAGAGUUUCUCCCCCUAAAAUCACAGCGCUUUGGAGCGCUGCCAGAAGUCAUAUAGUGUGAAAGAUGAACUCAAAUAAAUAAUUAUAAGCAUAAAUACACAUUCGAGCAAACGAAUUACUCGCAAAUUAAUGCAGAGCCAAGUGGAUGUGAGUGCGCGCUGACGGAAGGAAGUAUUGACAUUGCCAGCAUGUCUUCGGCAACCGCGAUGUCGUGGAGCAAGUGGAAUGGCGAGGAGAACAGUCUGAUUAAGCUGCGCCUCAAUAAGCCCCAAACGUGGAACUGGCAAUUGACCACGUCGAGAUCGUCGCCAAACAUUGCAUUUCCGCGCAUUCAGCUCUUCGACCAGAAUGGCCAACUUCUGGCGGACGCGAGCGAAGCUGAUUGUGUCCUCGGGAGCAAAGUGCCCAGCAGACGUCCGUCGAGUGCCAGGACAAAGUUACCGGAAGCAAUUGCGGAGUCCAAAUUGGAGGACUCACCCAGUGACACACAAUCAUACAACAAUCUUGUGCACUGCGACUCGCUCAAGAUAUCGCAUGUGCGCUCAAAGAGUCUGCACGAGGGGAGAACACGUCACAGGAGCAAGCAUGAGGAUGAGGAGCCCGAAAAGUUUCUCAGCUCGCUCGUGAGCCAACUGAAAAGGGAUGGAAUCAAUUACAAGAUCAGACGACGGAACAGCUAUGACGUGAAUACCAAGUUGAUGUGUGAGGACGGCUAUGAUGAGAGGCAGGAGAAAUGCGGGAAAUCAAUAAGUUGUAGCGAUUUAGAGAAAUCGGAAGCUGUGGCAAAUUGUUGUGUAGCAGAUGGCGGCGGGGAGCGAAUGAAUUAUGCGAUAGUAAAAAGUAAGAGCGCCGUAACGAUGCAAUUAGACGGCGGAGCGUCGGAGAGCAGGGAGAAGAGGAGGUACCGGCGAACGAAUAGUGUGAACUCGUUGAGGUUCUCCAAAUCCAUCCUCGAGAGAAUUAGUGAGUUCAAGAGGCGCUCCUCCUCCACAGACAGUCAAGAAUUCAAUGAGGACGCGGAGGAAGACGAUGAGAAUAGCGAGAGAGAUAAGCCAAAGUAUUUCCUUCGCACCAGCAAAGCCGGGACGCUUUUGGUGUGUGAGGAGAGCUUUCGCCAUCGCCGUGUGCGGAGACGUGGCAGGAGCUCAUCGAGCCGGGAAUUGGGAUGUGGCGGCGAGUCAACAAUGCCUGAGCCGAAGCGAUACAGCCAAGAGAAAGUCACCCACACCUUCGAGUAUGUGGGCGUUAAUGAGGGGACAAAAGUUUCCCCUGGGCCGGAAAUGAAUUCAAAAAGCCGAUAUGAGCGAGAGAUAGCAAAUAUCGACGGGCUAAUUGAAAAAGUAGUCGCCAAGGAGCGAGCGGAGAUGGAAAUCUGCCCGCCUGAACAAGGAUAUCCCAUUAAUGGAUGUGAAAAUCAGCGGGCCGAAGAACAAUCGGAUUAUAGAAGGAUACGAAGCUGCUCCAGGCAAAAAAGUGCAAAAGAUGAUAAAUUGAAGCAUGGAAUUCGACACCGACAACAUCGAAGUGUCAGUGCUGAUCGUGCGAACUAUCGCAGUGUGUAUCAGAGCCCGGAGGCGCUCUCAUCAUCUGAUGAGAGCAGUGACAGAGAUGAAUUGCACCGGCGGAGUCGCAGAUCCCGCAGGAAGCACACAAAGGACGAUGUUAGCAGCAGCAGAAGUGGCGAUCAACUGGUGGCCCUUAACAAGGUGUCGUUGGCUGGAAGUGAUCCAAACCCACCCAACCUCAUUAAUGAAUCAUCCGAUCAGGUAUUCUUGCGCCUUGUGCGACGCUUGGCAACACUACAGCCGCCGCAGAGGUUGAGUAACUCAGCAUCACAACUCUAUAAUGCUGGAGAAAUUGAGGCGAGUUCAGGCGAAAAUAGGAUCAGUGACAGUGGCGAAGUGUGCGCGAAAUUCCCCAGAGAACUAAACAAUAAUAGCUGUGAAGAAAGUGCACACAAUGAUGGUGUCGAGGGAAUCAGAGCGAAGGGAAGCUGGCAAGACUUUAGUGGGGGCGGUAAUAAUAUUAGUGCUGUCCAAUUAAUUAAUUGUGCGAGCACUAUUGGCGAAGGAAGUGAAAAGGAUAAAGUGGAUAGUGAAUCGACGUGUUACAGUGAAUCACAGGAGCUCGAGGAUCUUCGUACUAUGGGAUCCAAUGCGUCCCGGCAUUCGGGGAAAGGUUUAUCUGGGAGAAGGAGUCAGUCUUCAGGUAAUUUGUGCAAUGGAAAGCAUCAGGCAAACGGCACGCAUUAUCGCAGAAAUGGCCGCAAAGUGAAUCUCCGCUCAGAUGCAGAACCUCAAGAUUCCAAAGCCGCAACCGCAGCAAAUCAGCGAUGUGACGAAGACUGCUCGAGAAUCAAUUCGACGUCUGCACUGAGAAGUGAGGUACAUGCUAGGAUCGGAGAUGAUGCAGGCAAUAGUGGAGAAAUUGGAAAAUUAAUUGGCGUUAGCAUAAGCGACCGAAACAAAUUCUGUGGUAGCCUACCAAACCAUUUGGAUGUGGACGAUAUUGAGCCGGAUCCAAAAUUCUCAAAUGUACAAAAUCAAUACGUAACGUCAGCGGGAGUGCUCAAGUAUACAUUGGAAAAUAAUGGCACAAUGGACCAGGCGGAGUACGUGACUGUUGCCCCAAGAAAGCAGCCAUUCCAGCAGACUUCACAGGCCGAUCAACAAUUUCCGGCAAAACAAAGCUCACCCUACAACAGCAGCAGCGGCAAGGGAUCCAUCACAUCGUCGAGCAAUCUUGGCGGGAGUACGUUCAAAGCCAAUGUCGACAACAAACUGGAGCUGCAUCUGAAGAUGCCGACAAAUCGUGUCAACUUUGAUCCCAGCUGUGACCAGGGAUACGGAAGUGAGCGCUCGCCAGAGGACGAAAUGCCACCGCCCUUCAUCUCCGAGGAGGAUCACUGUGCGCUGCCCGCAAUGUCCUGCCAGUUGACGUACUGGUGCGAGCCUGGCGAGUUCAGAUACAGCAAUCUGGGAUACGCGUUUAUUACCAAAGACUGUACCUUCUCGGUGGAAAUCACCAAGGGACCUCGUGGCCUGGGUCUCUCCAUCUCGGGCGGGGCGGAAUCCAGUGCGGUGUUCCCUGGUCUGAUUCGCAUCAAAAGACUGUUUCCCCACCAGGCGGCCUGGGCAACUGGAAUGCUUCAGCCCGGUGACAUUCUCCUCGAGGCGAACGGCACUCCGCUCACGGGCUUAACCAAUUACGAAGCCCUGGAAGUAUUGCGAACUACACCCAACAAUAUACUGCUAAUUGUGUGUCGCCCCAGCGACGAACAGUACCGUAAAUUGUCUCCGCCGUCAGAGCCACCCAAGCCACCCCAAAGAACCAAUCUCCAUCCGGGCACUAGUCAACCCUUCUGCGAGCCGCUGUCGCCACUUCAAACUAAUUUCAAUGGGGUUAACGAUGUCCCACUGUCGCACAUGACACACGAAGAGGCUGUGAUUUUCCUCAGGCAAGCUGCGGAGACGGUGAAACUUCGUCUCUACCGAGAUGUCGCCCAGACUCCCGUAGCCGCCUUAUCGCCCACGAAUCCCGAGAAUAAAGACAUUUCAAAUUCAUUAAAAACGAAAGUUUAUUUAAGGCCAGAAGCCAUCAAUUUGCUGAGUGACUUGGCGCACAGGAAGCAGACACCUUGCGGCGGUGAUUCGAGUGGAUCAUCCAUGAAAUCGAGCACCACAUCACCACGUCGCCUGAGACGAUGUGCUAAGAGUAGUUUAUCGGGCAGCCAGACGCAAAGUGACUGCGGAUCAGCGCAUUAUGUGGUGUGCAGCCAAGCGACGUCGUCAUCUGUCUAUUCAGAUUCCGAAUCCACCCUCAGUCAGUCCUUCGCCAACGCGCGCUGCGCCCAGGGAUGCUGCAGCGACACGUACACCAUCCGAGAGGGCGACUCGGAGUCAGAGGCCGAUGUCGAGGGGCUGGAUGAGCGACAGGUGGCCAAUCGGCCGAACUUCCUGAACCUGGGCGCGGCGAGCCAGAGUGGCUGCACACCUGUGGUGUCGAGGAAGCCCAUGUUCCAAUUCACCGUGCCGUCCAAUGCGUACGAGCUGAACAACCUGGACAAUGAGCUCCUCGACGCGCCCAUCUACCAAAGUGGCGGCCAUCCGGCGGGCGAUGCUAGUCAAGACUUCACUAGUUUACCGUGCGAAACAUUUCUAGUAGCGUGUAAGACUGAAAGUGACCUUAGAGACAUCGUGGAGGCGAAUUUCAAUCAUCGAAAUCCCAUUUACCAAUCCGCACAAGUGCAGAUGAAUAGAGAGGAGACGGCAACGUCCUCAGCCGAGAACACUGACGAUGGCAUCAAGCAAGAUGGAACGAAAAGUUUGCUGAAAUGGAAGGGUGUAAUGUUUUCACCGGAAGGAGGGCUGGAGCAGAAGGAAGUGCCAGAGGCGAGCACAGAAAGUGAUUCCAUGGUCGCAUCUAAUCCCACCGAUCGUGAAAAUCUACUCAGAGGACUCAAUACAGAUGGAUACAAGAUGAUCACAGUUGAAUUGCACAGAGGUUGGAACAGUCGCCUGGGAUUCAGUCUCCAGACGGACAUUGAGACUAAGCGCGCCGCCAUCAGUGCAAUUUACUCAGAUAGCGUGGCUGCGAAGGACGGCAGACUCAAAGUCGGGGAUCAAAUUGUAAUGGUGAAUGACGAGCUUGUUACUAGUAUGCCAACGUCAGAGAUAAUAGACUUAUUGCGAAUUAUAAGGGGAUCCAUUUGCAUAGUCAUUCUGCGGAAACAGUAGUGCUGAACUGAUAGGUAAACAUAUGCGCGCAAUGGGAGAGAUCAAUUUUAACACGAUUCAAUUCAAAUUCCGGUAUACAGUAAAUCCAACAAUUGUGCAACAUAAAGUCUAACAAAUAAAUAUCCGAAAAUAUUGUGACUGUUUUUUCUACAUUAUAUUGCAUAUAUUUUAUGAGGGCAAAUAUUGGAAUAUUGAGAUGAAUUUUCGUGGUGUUACAGCAGCAGCGAUGAUAUUAAUUGUUGGCAAUUUCAUACCCGAUAUAAAAUAUUCACAAAUGUUUCACACGCGUCAUUUCAUUGAUUUUUGAGAUGGUGAAAAUGAUGGGGGUUUUCCUUUAAACAAAUUUAUUAUGUAUAUCUUUUUCAUAUCAAAAAUUCCAUUUUCAUGACAUAUUUCCAAUUAACAGUCAUUUCACGAAGCCAAUCUAAAUUAAAGGAUAUAUAUAGUAAAGUAAAAUGGCAUAAUUACGCGUUUUUUCUAAAAAAUAAAUAAAUAAAUAAAUAGCAAACACAGAUAGGAAUCAUAAGUAAAAUGUGUUGUUAUGAAAUUUUCUUAUAGGAAAUUUUCUAGAACUGUUCAAACGUAAUGAAAUGUGUAUCAGACAGAAAGGAAAACAUUUUGUAAAGAGUCAAUUUUUUCGAUUAUAAUGCAUUCGUUUAGUUUGAAAAUUACUCUGUGGUUAUGAAUGGAUGAUUUUUCUGUAUGUGUGAUUUUUGAGAUUGAAAUAAAAGUCUAUUAAAA